AGAGCUGGGGCAUCGUGCCGGCGGCCACAGCCACAAGUACAACGACCAGCAUCUUCAAGUCUGUCCGCAUAUUUAUUACCUUACUCUUACUUACUAUCAUCUGUCUAUAUAGAAUGUCGCCUUCAAGUAUGCCAGAGGAGUCAGAGCGACUCCGAUUACCCCCAGAGCUGGUCGAUAUCGUACUCGAUCACUUGGACGGGGAGAACCUCAAGAAGGACUUGUUCUCCUGUUCACUUGUUUCUAGGGAUUGGCACUACUGCACCAUGCCUCUGCUCUUUUCUGAACUCGCCUUUGCCGUGCGCAAGCUCGAGGAGCUACCCUGGGAAACAUACGACGUCUUGGAGGCCGCAGGCGAGGGCCCCCUGAAUGCCCUCCUUCUAUUUCUCGAGCGCUCUCCACAUAUUCGCCACCAUAUUCGUAGAUUGCGCAUUGAUGCUCCAGUCGACGACGGACCGCCCAUCUGCUCCUACCCGGACGUCGAUCCCAAGACACUCGUCUUGGCACUACGCUUACUCCCUCGUCUAGCGACUUUGGAGUUCCAUGAUGUCAUUUUCUUACCCGCGCACUACGAUGUAUGGAAAGAAGACCAGAUCAUCUUUGCUGGCGACUUACAACGAGUCGCAGUCGGCUUUGGGACUCGGGCUGCAGAUAUCGAUUCCUUGGAUGAAGCUUUGCACCUCCUAGAGAUCUUUGCAGGAGAGAUCCAGGAGCUUUGUCUGUCUACUAUUUAUGCGGUGCAGAUUCGGAAGACGAACGUGCUGCAACUACAAUCCCUGCGCACCGCGUCGCUUGUCGUCGACGAAGUUACCGACAUCGGACCCAUCGUACGGGCGAUCCAGGUCAGCCCGUCCGUGUGGUCAAAGACAUUGACGUCAAUCUAUCUAUCGUGGAUCAAUAUGAAGGACCUGCGAUCGGCUGAGGGGCUGCUGGAAGAUGUGGGACCAUAUCUAAAGCACUUCGGCUGUAAUCUCUUCCCUCUUCUGGAUUCGAAGCCGGCAGACCGGGAGCUCUUCCGUAUUCUGGACUUCUCCGAGUACAACAGUUUAGAGACAGUCACACUCGGUCUUGUUCUUCUGCACAACGCUUCCUGGAACGAGAAUAUCUGGCGCGACGUCUGCCGGCUCCUCACUUCCCUCCCCGAGUCUCGCGCAUCUCAACUUCAGCUCACCUUCGAGCUGUGCACCGACCGUCUCGACUACGGCACGCACAUUGCCCUCGACUCCAGCUGGCAGACGCUAGAUGCCACGCUAUCUGGACGCUGCAAGAUCGUGAAGUUCCUGCCGUCGAGAAAGUCGUACUACAUCCCCGCCAGGGAGUCGUUCAGCGGGAAUAUGCAGAAGUAUAUUGAGGAGCUCUUGCCGAAGUUGGCGGCAGCGAAGACGUUGAAAUUCGAGUGAGGAUGUCGACUUCAUCUUUUAGCAAUCUCAUUAUACCACCGGUGUUAAUACGAUCUGUGGCGCGGAAGCGAUAUAGAGCGUCGGGGGCCGGGUGAACCCGUCUGCGUAGUCCGUCAUACUUUGUCUUACGAACUAGUUCCUGGAACCUCUUAUAUCCCAUGAAUGUGCUGAAUGUAAGC